UCAAAAUUUAUUUGUUUUUCCACUUAGGUGAUCCCAUCGCCUGCAUCAAUGAUGGCUCCAUACCAAUGCAUGUUAUCAACACUUUCUGUUGGAUUACAUACACAUUCACCAUACCUGGUCAACAGCAUCGACAGAUCGGUACCGACGUGGCAGCGCAUGGUUUGGGCAAUGAGUUUGGACAGGAGAAACGUUACCACAGCUAUUAUCAAUGGGUGCCAUUCGUAUUAUUCCUUCAGGGACUCAUGUUUUACGUUCCACACUGGAUUUGGAAGAAUUUAGAGGAUGGUAAAAUGCGCAAUAUCACUGAAGGUUUGCGCGGCUUCAUCACUAUACCCGAGGAAUAUCGCAAGGAUCGCCAGACGCGUAUCAUUAAAUAUCUGAUGGAU